AUGCCCGAAGAGCCUCUUAAUGCCGAGAAAAACGCGAGACCUGAUGCCUCAGGCAGAAACACAACAUCACUGAAGCCGCGCAGCUGUGUUGUAUGCCGAAGUCGAAAAGUCCGCUGCGACAAGCGAGCGCCUUGCUCUAAUUGCCGCCGUGCAAAUAUCGCGUGUGUGCUUCCGCCAACAGACCGUCCACCAAGAUGGGCUCGCCGUCUCGACCGCCUCAACAGCGCGGUAUCCAACCUACACGCCUCCCAGGAAGCUGAACCAAUAGCAGAAGACGUGAUGGAGAGACUUCACAACCUCGAAAGCCUUGUCCAAGAGCUACGCGUUCAGCUAGAACAGGCCAAAUUAGCAACUAACUCUGCCGCUGAAGGGUCAUCCGGGGUCGGCUCGCCUGGAAGCUCCGCGCAUGAUCGACAGUCGAACGCAUCUUCCAUUAGUACUGCUAAUGUGCAAAACAAGUUUGGAAGACUGGUGCUUCAGGAUUCCAACCGAAGCCGGUACGUUAGCAGUGGCUUCUGGUCUCGAGUCAAUGACGAGAUUGAUAGCCUGAGGGCAGACGCUUAUGGUCUUCUAUCAGAGGAAUCCGAUACCUCGGAUGACGAGGCUUCGCUAGGGAUGACCUCUUCCACACAUGAGCUUGACCGGACCCCGGCAGAACGUCACGGAUUCUUGUUUGGGCACAACUUGAGUCCUUUUUCUCCUAACCUAACCGACCUCCAUCCACUCCCCUCACAAAUUCCGUUCCUUCUAGACGUGUUUUCCGAGAACGUGAACAUUGUAUUUCAAAUUGUUCACCUUCCCACUGUCAAAAACAUGGUUCGCGAUUGGCGCGGCCGUGAAAUGAAGGGACUCACACCGACCAAUGAGGCUUUGAUGUUAUCCAUUUACUACGCUGCCGUCACAUCGAUGGAAGAAGAAGAUGUAGUGCUUAAUUUCGGAGCAACUAAAGCCGACCUCAAUCUCAAAUAUCGCCAAGGCCUCGAGUAUGCACUUGCAAGAGCUGAUUUUCUGAACGCACCGGACUUUGUUCUGGUGCAGGCAUUUGCCAUAUUUCUUAGUCUUGCUCGCCGACAUGACAGUCCGAGUUUUGUGUGGAUGAUGACUGGACUGGCAAUCCGAAUGGGUCAAGCCCUGGGACUACAUCGUGAUGGAACACAUUUCAAUCAUCUGAGUCCAUAUGAGAUUGAAAUGCGACGAAGAGUCUGGUGGACCCUGUGCAUGUUGGAUGUGAGAGCAUCCGAAGAUCAAGGAACUGAUUACACAAUCACAAGAGCGAGCUUCGAUACUAAAAUCCCUCUUAACCUCAAUGACGCUGACCUCGACCCAGAGUCAAAGCAAACACCUCAAGCCCACGAUGCCUUGACUGAUAUGUCCGUUGCGCGCGUCUCCUUCGGCAUGUGCGAGGUCACGCGGCAGAUGAUGGCUUACGGGUUCAAAGAAGCAGCACCGAGUCUAGAGGAGCAAAGUCGCUUAUUGAAACAGAUACACCAGGGUCUUGAACGAGAUUUUCUUCAAUACUCAACCGACCCAGGGAACAUUAUAUACUGGGUGGUAGUUACGGUCGCUCGGCUUCUUAUGGCUAAGAUGACUCUGCUUAUCCACCUGCCUCUAUUGUUCUCCUCCCCGAAUGAAGACUUCUCGGAGGAGCUGAGAACAAGACUGUUGGUUUCCAGUAUCGAGGUUGCCGAGUACAAUCAUGCCUUGAACAAUGAGCAAGCAUGUAGGCACUGGCGCUGGGCUUUCCAAACCUAUACCCAUUGGUAUUCCAUUGUCUAUAUUAUGCUAGAGGUCUCUCGACGCCCGUGGUCGCCUCUUUCUGAACGGGCCUGGGUAGCCCUUCAUAGUCCCUGGCUAAUCCCGAACCAAUCGCACAUGAAAAGGAAUCUACGCGUCUGGAUUCCACUCCGAAAGCUGAUGACCAAGGCCAGGAAGUAUCGAGAUAUGGAAUUUGGGCGGCUUAGAAACGACCCUCGUGCUGCCGAACAGCUGGAACAGGGCUAUCGCACUGCCCCACUGCCGUCGAGCACUGGGCCAUUUCCACCUGGUUCAGAUUCUGCAGAUCUCUUCCUUGACCAGUGGCGCCAGCUAGUGGCACAACGGGAUAAAAACAAAGAUAUAGCACCCACACCCGGAUUUUCGGUCUCUACUCCGUCGAAUCCACCGACUGCAGCGCAGUCAAUUGUGCAUCCUGCUCCCAAUUUAUCUCAAACACACUCCUCAGCUUUCACCGUUGGGCCUCGGUAUCUUGCCGCAGAGGAACCGCAGUUUGGGUAUGGAUUGCCAGACAUAGGACCUACAAACUUCAGUUCAGUUAUGGAGGCUAAUACGAGAAUCGGAUCUGGACACAUAAAUCCUGCCGCGGACGGUCACCUCGCCACCCCGGCCGUUGUACCUUGGCUGUGGUCUGAUGAGGGCAUGGCGACUGAUUUCACCAGUACCUCUGAAGGCCAAGCCGAUAGUCACAUGGGAAUGGGCGAGGAGGUGAACUGGUACAAUUGGGCCGCAUCCGCGAAGGAUAUGGAGUAUUACGGAGGGACAUACAGCACUGGACAGCCCUAG